AUCACCGCCAUCUCGCAGCAGUCGCGCUUCCAUGUAGAUACCCUCGAAACCCUGUCGAACGACAUUGACAUGCAACAGGUCACCGUCAUGAUCGGCGAGCGAGAGCUCCUGGUCGAUGCCAACCUCCGCUUGUUUUCGGGUGUGCACUAUGGACUCUUAGGAAAGAAUGGCGUGGGCAAGUCGACGCUCCUGAAGGCCAUUGGAUACGGCAUCCUCAUCGGAUUUCCCAAGAACGUCCGUGCGCUGUAUGUUGAGCAGCUGGAGGACGUUGGAAACACCAUCACGGUGCUGGAUGUCCUCAUGAACUCAAACCCCGUCCUGGUGCGAAUCAGGCGAGAGAUCAAAGCUCUCCAGGAAGUGCUCGAGCACGGCGAUUCGGAGCAAAUCGCCAUGACCAUGCGAUCGCUCAAGAUCGACCGUCUGCGCGACGAGCACGAAGAAGCCAAGAAGAUCGCAACCAAGCGAAGCGGUGCCCGAGGCGCUGAAGCUCGACAGGUCCUCAACAUGGCCGAGGAGAAGCUCCGAGUUGCAGAGAGCUCCAAGGGGGACGACAUUUCGCCUGAAGAGAGCGCAGGAGCCGGAGCUGAGGCCUCCAGCCUUCUUACCCAGCUCUUCGAAGAUCUGGACAACCUCGGCGGCGAGUCGACCGAAGGCGAUGCCCGGAAGAUCCUCAACGGCCUUGGAUUUUCCCCGGCACAGCAAGAGAGCCCCAUGAAUCAAUUGUCCGGAGGCUGGCGCAUCCGACUGGCUCUUGCCCGCGCGCUGUUCCUCAAGCCUGACCUGCUGCUGUUGGAUGAGCCCACCAACCACUUGGAUAUCCCCGGCAUCACUUGGCUUGCCAAGUACAUCCAAUCGCUCACCGACGUCACCAUCGUCACGGUCUCGCACGACCGCGCGUUCCUCAACGCUGUGACGGAAGAGAUUAUCGUCUACAAGAACCAGGCGCUGGAGUACCACGUCGGCAACUACCAAGAGUACAUGCAAGCCCUCGAGGAGAAGCAGCUCUUCCAGCAGCGCCGGCACGAGGUUGUCGAAAAGAAGAAGGCUCAGAUGGAAAAGAGCGUCCAGCAGAUGGCGAGCCGAGCCAAGAAGAGCGGCGAUGACAAGAAAUUGAGCGCUGCUGCAUCGAAGAAGAAGAAAAUCGAGCGCCUCGGCUUUGAAAAGAAUGAAAAGGGCCACCGUCUCCGACUCAACAGAGACAUGGUGGGCUACUUCACAUCCGUCCGUAUGCAAGCCGAUGCUGUCGAUCGGGAUCCCCCCACAAAGUGGUCCGUUCCCGACCCGACUCCGUUGCGAAACCACAAUUCGCUGGUCGAGAUCGACGACGUCUCCUUUGGGUACGACCCCAGCAAGCCUGUUCUCACCCAUAUCAACCUCAACAUCGAGCAGAACGUGCGCAUCGGCGUCAUCGGUGCCAACGGCGAGGGCAAAUCCACCCUGAUGAAGCUGCUGGUGCGCGAAAACUCCCCGACCAAGGGCAUCAUCAACUUCCACCCGCAGGCCAAGAUCGGGUACUUUUCGCAGAACCACGUUGAUGUGCUCCACACGAUCGAGGGCACGCCCCUGAGCUAUCUCAUGUCCGCGUACGAGGGCCUAACCGAGGCCGAAGCCCGAGGACACCUGAGCAGCUUUGGGCUGACGCCCCUGGCUGUUGUGACGCCUCUGAGCCUUUUGUCCGGCGGGCAGUCGGUCAGAGUGGCCAUCGCCUACGCAACCUACCCUCGACCUCACCUCCUGGUGCUUGAUGAGCCGACGAACCACCUCGACAUGGACACGAUCGACGCUGCGCGCGAGAGCCUGGUGGCCUUCAAGGGCACCGUCGUGGUCGUCAGCCACGACCAAUGGUUUGUCCGCGAAGUGGCCCAGAGAGUGUACCUCGUCGAGAAUGGCAAGGUGCAGAUCCUCGAGGGCGGUGUCGACGACUAUAUUCGCCGCGUUCGGAAGGCGAUCAAGUAG